AUGGAUGCAGGUGAUGAUCUUGUAAACAGUGCAGCUAGUGCUGCUAAGAAUCCCAUUAUCCACGGCACUGGUACUACAGGAGAUCCUACAUAUGAUCAGCCAAAUCAAGUUGAACCAAACACACUAAAUCCUUUAAGUGACCACGCAGGUGGUUCAGAAAAUCCAGUAAUUGCCCAAGCAAAUGUUGCAGAAACCCCUAGAAAUGAAGCAGGUGGUACAGGAGCAGAUAAUCCUAUAAAUGACCGAUUAAAUGGUGCGAAAAAUCUUGCAAACAACCAAGCAGGUGGCGCAGAAACAGAAACUCCCAUGAAUGACCAGUUAAAUAUUGCGGAGACUUCUGUGAAUCCUUUAGUUGCUGCAGAAAAUCUUGUAGAAGGGAAAGCAGAUGCCAUUGAAAUCCCGUCAAACAUUGAAGAUACUCUUGAAACCACCGUAAGCAACAAAAUUGACCGUCUUCCAGUAGAAGCAAAGGAGAUACUGAUAUCAUUGGCAGGUAAAUGGGAGGAUGUACUAGACGCAAAUGCAUUGCAGGUGAUCCCUCUCAAGGGGGCAAUGACAAAUGAGGUAUUCCAAAUAAAGUGGCCAGCUACAAAUGGGGAAACCUCACGGAAGGUUGUAGUUAGAAUCUAUGGUGAGGGCGUGGACAUUUUCUUUAAUAGGGAUGAUGAAAUACGGACAUUUGAAUACAUGUCAAAAAAUGGUCAAGGACCUCGUCUACUAGGACGCUUUACAAAUGGACGUGUUGAAGAGUUUAUCCAUGCAAGGACACUGUCAGCUUCUGAUCUACGUGAUCCAUUAAUUUCUGCUCUUAUAGCGGCCAAAAUGAAGGAGUUUCAUGAUCUAGAUAUGCCUGGUGAAAAGAAGGUCAAUCUUUGGUGUACAUUGAGAAAUUGGCUUGCUGAGGCCAAACGUUUGUCUUCUCCAAAGGAAGUCGAAGCUUUUUAUUUGGACACAGUCGACAAGGAAAUCUCUAUUUUGGAAAAGGAACUAUCAGGCACAGACCAACGGAUAGGAUUUUGCCACAAUGAUUUACAAUAUGGUAACAUAAUGCUUGAUGAAGAGACCAAUUCCGUAACCAUAAUAGACUAUGAAUAUGCAAGUCACAAUCCUAUAGCAUAUGAUAUAGCAAACCACUUCUGUGAGAUGGCUGCGAAUUAUCAUACCGAAAUGCCUCAUAUUCUUGAUUACACCAAAUAUCCUGAUAUUGAUGAGCGUGUAAGCUUUAUUAUGGCAUAUUUGAGUACCUCAGGUAAAGAACCAAGUGAAGGUGAAGUGGAGCACCUACUUCAAGAAGUUGAGAAAUAUACACUUGCAAAUCAUCUAUUCUGGGGCCUUUGGGGAAUAAUUUCGGGACAAGUAAACACAAUUGAAUUUGAUUACAAGGAAUAUGCGAAACAGAGGUUUCAAGAGUAUUGGGCAAGGAAACCUUAUCUUCUGAGCUCUGAUGCACCUUCUCCUUUUAAUGUCCCUGAGGGAACAGGAGAGCUUGCGGGAGGGCACACCAAAGGAAAGAAUUCUGGUAUCUUCAGGAAGAUGAAGAGAGUUUUAGGUCUUGGCUUGUUCAGGUCGAAAAGCUAA